AUGAAAAGCGCCCGUGGUAUACCUCUCGGCCCCACUAACCAUAUUAUCAUUCCCCAACAGCCCUUCUUCGACGAGAACCAGAUGGCCAACCUUGAAAGCUUCCGACAAGAAUCAGUCUCGUUUCAGUUGGAGAGAUUCCCUGAACUUGGCGUACGGAUAUCCGACGCCCUGGGGGAUGAGCCUAUCCUCGUAGGAGGGAAUGAUAUGGUUUUCGACAAGGAUGUAUAUAAGGAGAUCAAGUUGAGGAUCUUGUGGCCGGGAUAUUCAAGAUUUCCUUUCGAGAGGCGUCUCAAGACCCGCGAUACGAAGGCUUCUCGGUCUCUUGUUCUGAUGUUACUCAGUCGGGCCAUUGCCGAUUUCAUCAAACAUGUCAAUCAUAACCGUAUUCCCGUCGAACAAGGCUUUGAACGUUGGGAGGUUGGCAUGCACCGGCCAUCGAUCACUAGUAAGGAUCUCUUCGUUACCGGCUUGAUACACCGCGGUGGUUCCAAUUGGCAGCCUGAGAUUUGGUGCCCGAGCAACCGAGCCAAUUAA